AUGAGCAAGAUCCCGGCUAGAUCUCUACUAUUACUGUCGAGUUACUCGGAGCAGAAAAAAGUCACCCGCAACGAGAGAAUUGUGAAGAGUCUCUUGCCGUUCAAUUCCGGUUCUCCAAUGCUCCUAGAGCUACCACGGUCGCUUAGCGAUCACAACGUCAACGAAUCUCAAGGAGUCAAACUCCAUCAUAGCUCGAAGCACUGGAUAGUUCCAUGUAAUUCCGUUCGACGAGAGUAA